AUGCCCAACAAAGCCAUUUCCCAUAUAGCCAAUUCGCAAAUUGCCGCUUUUCUCCGAGAGAAACCUCAUUUUCGCUUCGAUGGACAUUCUGUGGAAAGGCGAAAGUCUGUAGGUCGAAGAUUUGGUGAUCGUCGUUCUUCACCAUGUCAUGGUGAAGUUCCGUUCUUCACCAUGUCUCGAUCUUUUGCUUGGCUCUCUUCUUUUGCUGUUCAUCGCCUUCUCGACGGCUCAAAGUCUAUUCGAUGUUGGCUCAAAUGGCCCAAAGUCUAUUCGAUGUUGAUCACCAAUGCAACCAUUCUCGACAUGUUCACCGGACUGUGCAAUUUGUUUGUCAUGUUGGGGUGGACUGGAGAAAAUCUUGAAAUGACCAAGAAUGAUAAACAGAGAACUUUUCUCAUUUCGAUGCUCCUUCUAUGGGUAUUUUUCUCUCAAUUCGUCUCUUCCGCCUAUCAACCAAGCCAGGAAUACAUCGAUUUCUAUGCGUCAAACGACUACAAAUCGUUCAGCAACAAAACGACAAAAUUGUAUGAUGAACUGUUGACGAAAAGAGCCUAUAAUAAAUUGCUUUCACCUGUUUAUAUGAGAAGCGGAAAUUCGAGAGAUUUUCCACCACUCGAAGUCUUUUUCGAGCUCGAAUAUCUGAAAGUCUUUGCCCUCGAUGCUCAAACACAAUUGGUCAGUUUGUGUGUUCAGCUGAGAAUGUCAUGGCUCGAUCCGAGACUCGCUUGGGAUCCACAUCAAUUUGGCGAUAUGCAGAGUCUUUAUGUGAAUGCCGACGUGGCCUGGGUGCCCGAUAGCCAAUUCGCAAAUGUAAAAAUCCUAGACGAUAUGAUUGGCGCCGAGAAAACGUUGCACAUCGCGAGCAAUGGCAUCGUCCAUAUGGUCAACGUCUACUAUGUGGAAAUCUCCUGUGAAGUGGAGAUCAACACUUUCCCAUUCGACAAUCAGACAUGUCAACUCUUGUUGAUGUCAUUCUCAUAUGAUGGCUCAAUCCUCAGCACAAACGGUACAAUCAAUCAGGAUACGGUCGCCGGGCAACAAGAUGAUUUGGGCAAUGGAGAAUGGAAAGACGAUGGAUUGGACUCGAGUUCAUUUCUCUUCGAGAAGCGACAAAUGCUGCAAAUCAAUCUCCGUCUGAAGAGAGUCCCCAACUACUAUAUCAACGUGAUCGCCUUACCUUGCUUUGUCAUCACUUUUCUUUCGAUCAUCGGAAUGUUCUGGCGACAGAACAACAAAUCUGAGCAAUUGGCAAAACUUGGAAUCGGUCUAACGAGUUUGGUCUCGAUGACCGUUUUGUUGGAUUUGCUCUCGAGUUCGAUUCCGAAGACUGCCGUUUUUCCUUUGCUUGGAAUUUACGUGGUCGGCUGUGUCGGUAUCAUCGCCGUUGCUUGUGUCCUCAUCAUGGUUUCUUCGACAAAAGACCCAAAGAAAGAAAAAGAGGCUGAUAAGGAGAAACGAAUUGAGAUCGAGAAAUUGCUAACAAACAGUGAACGGCGAUGGAAAUCGAUCAAAGAUGCCCUGUUCCAUCCAAAUGUUUGCCUCCAAAUCGUUCUCCAUAUGGCCAAUUUGACCGCUGGAUGUUGGAGACUUUUGAUCAGCGACGAACAUUUGUUGGUUGUUCUU